AAAGGAAAAUGUCAUUACAGUCAAAUUAAUAAUCAUGAACCUCAGUACAAUACAAAAAUGAAGAUAACUAAAUUUUUAUAAUGAUGUAGAGCCAAUGUAAAAAAAAAUAUGGCAAAACGGCACGUAUACAAAGGCUCCUACACUAAACGUUAUCCCGCGUCACUUAAUAUCAGUCUACGUCGUACCAAUAUGAUAAAAUAUAUUGAAGCGAUCUUUAAAUAUCUCUGCGCGGCUUAUCGUACAGCUGUAUCCAAUUACUUACCGAUCGUGACAGUUGUCAUCGUUAUUACACUAAGCCUAUUACUUCCCAACAAAGUCAAUAAGAACAAUGAGUUGAAAGAAAUAAACCAAGUUUUGGGCCACAUGACGGACGAAGUAAACCGUGCCGAGGUGGCUUGUCUGACUGCGUCUGACGAGGUUCAGUGCCUACGUCAUUCUAUAUGUAACCAAGAAACAGAGACAUCAUCUAUCAGACGCAGGAACAACGAGAUCUAUCAGUGUGCACAAGCCGAGACUUUCUCACCACACAAUCAGCGCCCAUUCAAAUCAACAAGAAAAUUGGUUUCUUUCGUAGAUUCUUCCCUCAGCGAAACGUAUCGAGAAAGGAAAUAGCCAUCAUGUCGAUCGUGUAUACCGAAUCUAUGGAUGCUAAAAAUAAACUGAACACAGUUAAAACUAUAUGAAAAAGUUUAUAUUUAUAUAUAGCGAAUUUUAUAAAAGAAAGUCAAUAAAAAUAGUUUCAAUGCAA